AUGGACGAGUACGAUGAAAGAGAGGACGUGGAGGAGGAGCAAGAGGAGGGAUAUGACGAGAAUGCCGACGAAGAUUUCAACCCCGACAAGGCCGCUGACGAGGCUGCGAACUCUUCCUCUUCUGACGACGAUGAAGAGACAGCAGUCGCAAAACCUGCGCCCAAGUCGAAGAAGCGGAAAUCCGAGGCCGUGAUUGAAGCCGACCUCGACUCGGGAGACGAAGCGACCAUCAAAGCACUGCCGCGCAAGAAGCGGAGGAAAGAUGCGGAAGACGAAGACAGCGGUGGUGAGGGUGGCUUUAUUCGGACAAGGGCGCAGCGGGUAUUGGAAAAGGAGGAGCGAAAACACAGGAAACGAGCACGAGAUGGCGAGGUCACUGUGGAUGUCGAGCAACUAUGGGCAGAACUCAGUAGCGCGCCCAUUGGUCGGGCAGUGGUGCCUCCACCGCAGGCGAGCAAGGACUCUAUGGAUGUGGAGGGCGAGGAGAACAAGGAGAAUGAGGCGGCUUCAUCUGCCGAGGACACGAUCACAAUAAAACGACGAAUCGAGUACGCGGGCGAGGUGACGGAAGUAGAAGCACAGGUUCUUCGAAGCUCCAAGGAAGCGAAGAAGUACCUGGCCGAACACCCCGAAGCGGACCCCAACUAUAAGAAGAACGAAGAUAAGAACGAGUCUGGACUACAGCGCCCUCUCAAACGACCGUCAAUGUUCGAGCCAAACCCUCUGAGCUUGGUGAAAGGUGUGGCUCCAGAGAAAUUGCGACCACGAGCUCCCAGCCGUAUGGAUGUACUCAUGGCGACUAAGAGAGCCGAGGAGAAGAUUCGCGCGCAGAAGAUGAGCACCGUGCAAAAGAGCGCUUUGGAUUGGAAAGGCUUUGUGGAUAAUGAAGGUCUGCGGGAAGAGCUCGAUGAGUAUGGGAAGAGCAAAGGUGGGUUCCUGGCGAGAGAGGCCUUUUUGGACCGUGCUGCUGGGGCGAGAGAGCAGGCUGCGAGAAAUGCGAGGUUGAAGUUGUGA